CACGAGGACGCUGUUCUCCGUGAGCUUCCGGGCGCACGCAGUUCUGCCGCCGCCGAGAGGGCGGAAUUCCCGGUGCCGCUGCAGUGUCUGUCGGUGCUCCGGGUUCAGCCGCCACCAUGGGGAUCCUGGAGAAGAUCUCCGAGAUCGAGAAGGAGAUCGCUCGGACGCAGAAGAACAAGGCCACCGAGUAUCACCUGGGCCUGCUGAAAGCAAAACUUGCCAAGUAUCGGGCCCAGCUUCUGGAACCGUCCAAAUCGGCCUCAUCCAAAGGAGAGGGUUUCGAUGUCAUGAAGUCGGGUGACGCCCGCGUGGCACUGAUUGGAUUUCCCUCUGUGGGUAAGUCCACCUUCUUGAGUCUGAUGACCUCCACAGCCAGCGAAGCUGCGUCCUAUGAAUUCACCACCCUGACAUGUAUCCCUGGGGUCAUCGAAUAUAAAGGAGCCAAUAUCCAGCUCCUGGACCUUCCUGGGAUCAUCGAGGGUGCAGCACAAGGGAAAGGCCGUGGCCGGCAGGUGAUUGCUGUGGCACGCACGGCUGACGUCGUCAUCAUGAUGCUGGACGCCACCAAGGGAGAAGUGCAGAGGUCUCUGCUGGAGAAGGAACUGGAAUCAGUGGGUAUCCGCCUCAACAAGCACAAGCCCAACAUCUACUUCAAGCCCAAGAAAGGUGGUGGCAUCUCCUUCAACUCAACGGUCACGCUGACCCAAUGCUCAGAAAAGCUGGUGCAGCUGAUCCUGCAUGAGUACAAGAUCUUCAAUGCGGAGGUGCUCUUCCGAGAAGACUGCUCCCCAGACGAGUUCAUUGAUGUGAUUGUGGGCAACCGGGUGUACAUGCCCUGCCUGUAUGUUUAUAACAAAAUCGACCAGAUCUCAAUGGAGGAAGUGGACCGCCUGGCCCGGAAGCCCAACAGUGUGGUCAUCAGCUGCGGCAUGAAGCUGAACCUGGACUACUUGCUUGAGAUGCUUUGGGAGUACCUGGCCCUGACCUGCAUCUACACCAAGAAGAGAGGACAGAGGCCAGACUUCACGGAUGCCAUCAUCCUCCGGAAAGGGGCCUCCGUGGAGCAUGUGUGCCACCGCAUCCACCGAUCACUCGCCAGCCAGUUCAAGUACGCGCUGGUGUGGGGCACCAGCACCAAGUACAGCCCGCAGCGGGUGGGCCUGACCCAUACCAUGGAGCACGAAGACGUCAUCCAGAUUGUCAAGAAGUAGUGCCUCCUGCGGGGCCCCCUGCCUGCCCACCCUGUCUCCCCCGGGGAGUCGGACCCAGCUGGACACACCAAAGCCCAGACAGGAAAUACAUACAAAUACAUACCCCCCAGGACGGGGUCUCUCAA